AUGUCGACUUUUCCUUUGAAGCUCUUCCUCCUCCUCGUUGUCUCUCAGUCCUCCACUGCCACCUUCUCAAGCUCCUCCAACCCAUCCAUCCACGUCAUCAAUCAGCCCCACACUCCCAAAGGUGUGGCUGGAAAGGACACGACGCUGAUCCAAGAGACCUGCAAGCGCACCAAGAGCUACGACCUAUGCGUGAAGACUCUUGAAUCCGAUACCCGCAGCUACAACACCGAUGCGGCCGGGCUCACGAAGAUUGCAAUCGAGCAUGCGCUCACGAAUGCUAAUGAAUUAUACAAACAGUCGAUUUUGUGGAGGAAGAAGACGGACCUUGACCAGAAGACGAUACGGGCCUUGGAGACUUGCAGCCAGUUGUAUGGUGAUGCAAUCGAUGGGCUGACGAAAGCAGUACAGGCAAUGGAAUCCAAAGACUACCAAACUGCCAACUUACAUGUUGGUGUUGCAAAAGAGGCUGCCACAACAUGCAAUCAAGAGUUCCAGGAGUAUCGCCGGAAAAUGCCCUUCGUUGAGCAGAAUGAAAAUCUCAACUACCUAUCCAGCAUCGCUUUAGCUCUCAUAUCCCAUCCUUAG